AUGUCUCCCCCAGCCAUCCUCCAGGACCCUGUCUCUCCUACCGUUCCUUCCNNGAAGAAGUUGAACCUUCCUCACAGCUCGGCUGUUCCUGUUGGAGGACAGACCAAGACAGAGACCAUCGAGGCCAUGGCCGGUGACUGGCAGUCCUUCACCUUCCGUCCCAUUCGUGAGUCGCAGGUCAGCAGAGCCAUGACCCGCCGCUACUUCUCCGACUUGGAUAAGUAUGCCGAGUCCGACGUCGUCAUCAUUGGCGCCGGCUCUUGUGGUCUUUCUGCCGCAUACUGUCUGGCCAAGGCUCGCCCUGACCUCAAGAUUGCCAUCAUCGAGGCCAGUGUCAGCCCUGGUGGUGGUGCUUGGCUUGGUGGCCAGCUCUUCUCUGCCAUGGUUAUGCGUAAGCCUGCCGAUGCCUUCCUCCGCGAGAUUGGUGUCGAGUACGAGGAAGACGGUGACGACAGCAACUAUGUCGUUGUCAAGCACGCUGCUCUCUUCACCAGCACUCUUCUCAGCAAGGUCUUGCAAUUCCCCAACGUGAAGCUGUUCAACGCUACUGCAGUCGAGGACCUCAUCACUCGCCCUCGUGAGGAUGGAACUAUCCAGAUUGCCGGUGUUGUCACCAACUGGACUCUGGUAAGUUGGGAAUCCCUCAUACACAUCCUCAGAUCAUUGAUACUGAUUUUGUCUUUUACANNGGUCAGCAUGCACCACGACGACCAGUCAUGCAUGGACCCCAACACCAUCAACGCCCCCGUCAUCAUCUCCACCACCGGUCACGACGGCCCCUUCGGUGCCUUCUCCGUCAAGCGCCUCGUCAGCAUGCAAGCCAUCAAGUGCCUCGGCGGCAUGCGCGGCCUCGACAUGAACACCGCCGAAGACGCUAUCGUCAAGGGCACCCGCGAGAUCGUCCCCGGCCUUAUUGUCGGCGGCAUGGAGCUCUCUGAAGUCGACGGUGCUAACCGUAUGGGACCCACCUUUGGCGCCAUGGCACUCAGUGGUGUCAAGGCUGCCGAGGAGGUAGUCAGGGUCUUUGAGCAGCGUCAGAAGGAGUGUGCUGCUUUCUACUGA